AUGCCUCCUCCAGGAGUGUGUCUGAACAUCAUAGAGGCUCGUCAGAAGCAAAGCGGUUAUGGGAGCAUCGCCAACCCUGACAGGCUGUUCAACCAAGACUACCAACAGCUGAAACAGUACUGUCUUGCCCGAGGAGUGAGGUACAUCGACGACACGUUCCCCCCUGACAGGCAGUCUAUUGGUGAAGGGAUACUGAAACCUCAUGACCUGGCCAAGGUGGUGUGGCUGAGACCAGCGAAAAUUGCUCCUUAUCCAGCCUUCGUACUUGACGGGAUCUCCAGGUUUGACUUUGGUCAAGGAAUACUUGGAAACUGCUGGUUUCUCGCAUCUAUUGGAGCUCUGACAUUUCAGAAAGACGUCUUUGGGCAAGUUGUCCCUCUUGAGCAAACCUUUGACGAGAAAUACUGUGGACUGUUCCACUUUAGGUUCUGGAGAUUUGGAAGAUGGGUGGAUGUCAUCAUUGAUGACAAGCUACCAACACUCAAUGAGAGACCAAUUUUUGUUCACGCCAAAAACCAAAAUGAGUUCUGGCCUGCUUUGCUGGAGAAAGCUUAUGCCAAAGUGUGUGGUUCGUACACCGAUAUGAGUUGUGGAACUCCUGCUGAGGCUAUGAUGGACUUCACUGGUGGUGUUCACAUGUCUAUCCAGCUGUCAAAUCCCCUUGCAAACCUGUGGGAGCUGAUGUGCAGAGCUGGCCAAUCCAAGUCACUGAUGAGCUGUGUUACACCUGCAGGGGAGACACCUUCCAACAGACCCUCGCCUAAUGGACUGAUCCAAGGCCACGCCUACACGAUCACGGGUGUGAAACAGAUGAUGAGCCGAGGGAAAAUAGUAAACCUGGUGCGCUUGUGGAACCCCUGGGGCAAAGUAGAGUGGAACGGAGGCUGGAGUGAUCGGUCACCCCUGUGGCAAACUGUGAGCGCCCAAGAUCGUGACAUGUGCCUUGCAGUGGCUGAUGAUGGAGAGUUUUGGAUGACUCUGGAAGACUUGUGUAAGUUUUACACAAAUCUUGACAUCUGCUCCCUUUAUCCUGACUUUCUUGAUGCACACUCCUCUCAUUGCUGGAAGACCUCCAUGUAUGAAGGCAGAUGGGUUGCAGGGACAACUGCUGGAGGAUGCAAAAAUAACAAAGACAGUUUCUGGACUAAUCCACAGUAUCGGGUCAAGAUUGACCGUGAAUAUUCAGAGAAAGAUGGUGAGAAAAAUGUGCUGAUAUCUCUCAUGCAAAAGUCAGACAAAAGGCACAGACACCUGGCAAAAAAUCUCCAUAUUGGACUCUAUAUAUUUGAGGUAAAGGGCAGAUACAAAUCCCACAAAGGGAAGUUCCCAGAGUCUUUCUUCAGCAGCCAUGCACCUGUCGCCCACAGUGAGAAAUUCAUAAACUCACGUGAGGUAAUGGAGUUCCUGAUGCUGAAGCCUGGUGAAUACCUGAUUGUGCCGUCCACCUACGAUCCCAACCAGUCAUCCUCCUUCGUCCUCACCAUUAUCUCCAAGGCCGAAACUCACGGCUAUGAGAAUUCCGGUGACCAUAAACUUGAGCCAUUGGAAAAGCUCGAAAAGACAACAAAUGCACAGGAUGAUGAAAACAAGAAAACAGUUUUCCGCCAAUACUCUGACAAGUAUGAAGAAGUGGAUGCCGAGCAGCUCCAGAGGCUUCUAAAUGAGAACAUCCUGAAAGGAGACUUGAAAUCUGGAGGCUUCAGCAUUGAUGCCUGUCGCAGCAUGGUCGCUCUGAUGGAUACAUCAAUCACUGGCAAGCUGAACAGUGAGGAAUUUUUUCGUUUGUGGAGGAAGGUCGUCACAUACAAGGACAUUUUCUUUCGCACUGAUGUUUCACGAACUGGAACGCUGUCAAUGAGCGAGCUGAGGAACGCUUUCAUAGCUUCAGGAAUCACUGUCAUGGAUAACAUGCUCAACUUGAUGGCUCUGCGCUAUGGUGCCUCCUCUGGACACAUGACGCUGGAGAGCUUCAUCAGUCUCAUCCUUCGCUUGGACUGCAUGCACAAAAUCUUCAAACAGCUGUCUAAUGGGAAAUCCAUGAAUCUUAAAGAGUCUGAGUGGAUGUACAUUUCAAUGUACACCUAA